CCCCGGACUCCCCGGCCGCCUCCCCGCGGGUCCCGAAGCUCUCCCGACCGACCCCCGUCCGGAUCGACCCAGCCCAGGACUCCCCGGCCGCCUCCCCGCAGGUCCCGAAGCUCUCCUGGACCGGACCCCCGCCUGGAUCGACCCCGGGCCUGGGACCGCCCCAAACCCCGGCGGCGACCCCGCCCCAAAGACUCGGGGGCAGCGAACCCCGAAGGUCCUGCUCGGCCCUCGCCCAGGGGAGGGGAGGGUCGGCAGCACUGCCCCUCCCCGCCGCCCCCACGCACACGGUGACCCACGAGGGGUUCCUGCUGAGGAAGCACGAGGCUGGACGGGCCCAAAAGGCAUCCAACAGGUCGUGGGUGAACCUCUACUGCGUCCUGGCCAAGGGCGACCUGGGCUUCUACAAGGACGCCAAAGGCCACGCGGCCGGGGCCACCCACGGCGGGGAGCCCCUGCUGAGCCUCCACGGGGCCACCAGCCACGUGGCCAGCGACUACAAGAAGAAGAAGAACGUCUUCAAGCUCAAGACGAGCGACGGCAGCGAAUUCCUCCUGCAGGCCAAGGACGAGGAUGAGAUGCAGGGCUGGCUGCAGGCGCUGUCGAGCAGCGUUGAGGAGCACGCAGAGCUGGCCCGGUGGUCCCAGGGCCCCCUCCCCACGUCGUCCACGGACGAGGGGCUGCCCCGCAGGGACCUCGAGGGGCUGCCCCGCAGGGACCCCGAGCGGCGCCACAGCGGCCCCGCCCGCAGGAAGUGACCCCCAAAAACCUCAGAUUUGGGGACCCCCACCCGGUUUUGGGGACCCCCUGGACUCUGUGACCCCCCAAACCUCGGAUUUGGGGACCCCCACGAGGAUUUGGGGACCCUCAUCUGGAUUUGGGGACCCCCUGGACUCUGUGACCCCCCCAAACCUCGGAUUCAGGGACCCCCAGGCAGAUUUGGGGACCCCCACACCCAGAUUUGGGGACCCCUUGGACUCUGUGACCCCCCCCCUCACGGAUUUGGGGACCUCCUGGACUCGGUGACCCCCCCAAACCUCGGGAUUUGGGGACCCCCACGAGGAUUUGGGGACCCCUACCCAGAUUUGGGGACCCCCCACCCCAGAUUUGGGGACCCUCAUCUGGAUUUGGGGACCCCCACCUGGAUUUGGGGACCCCCCCUGGACUCUGUGACCCCCUUCCCCUCAAGGAUUUGGGGACCCCCUGGACUCUGUGACCCCCCCAGACCACGGAUUUGGGGACCCCCACGAGGAUUUGGGGACCCCUACCCAGAUUUGGGGACCCCCAUCUGGAUUUGGGGACCCCUACCCAGAUUUGGGGACCCCCACCCGGAUUUGGGGACACCCCCUGGACUCUGUGACCCCCUUCCCCUCAAGGAUUUGGGGAACUUCUGCACUCUGUCACCCCCCCAAACCUCAGAUUCUGGGACCCCCACCCAGAUUUGGGGACCCUCAUUGGACUCUGUGACCCCCCCAAACCUCGGAUUUGGGG